AUGCUCGUCCCGAUCCUCGCUACCCCUGCCUCCACCCGGCCAAACUUCAUGCUCAUCCUCGGCGACGACUUGGGCUUCGACUUGGCCGCUGCGUACGACCACCCACUUUCCGUCACGCCACACCUCGACCGGCUGGCUCGCUCCAGCCUCGUGUCCACCGGCCACCACGCCGGCGGCGCGACGUGUGCGCCCUCGCGCGCGGCGCUGAUGAGCGGGCGCAGCACGCUCGCCUUCCCGAACGCACGCAACAAUGGCGUCGGCGAUCUCCCGACGGUGACGGAUAUCCUCAAUCAGCACGGCUACGAGACGGCGCACUUUGGAAAGUGGCAUCUCGAGAAGGGCGCGGUCAACGGCUCGUACUCCCUGCAGGUCGUGGGCGGGCUGGACCAGCGGCAGCAGCGCCACCCGUACAGUCAGCGGCGCGAGAAGCGCCUCUCCACAAGCCUCUCCACACGGGCUCUGAAGGAGGAGGAGCGGGACGCGGCGCCAGGACGUGGCGUGGCGCCGACGCCGCUGUGUGCGCGCGUCGCGGCCAGCCCGUGGGCGGGCCAGUCCUCGACCGCCGAGGCGAGGGCAGCGGCAGCAGCUCGUCCGCCUCGGCGCGGCGGCGAGCGGUCACGAGGGCAGCGAGGCGCAGCUGCUGUCCGCGAGCAGGCGGCGCUCCUCUGCCCGCCGACUUCGGCCGAGGCGCGGAGGAGGCACGCGGAGGCGGUCCGACUUGCGGAGGCGGAGGACGCGGCCCACAUCAAGGAGGCGCGGGCGGCGGCCAAGGCGGCCAGGGCGGCCAGGGCGGCGGGCAACAUGUCGCGGGAAAAGGUGCACUACACGCUCGACCCUUCCGGCGGGCUGCCAAGCUCGAAGCGGGAGCCGCGCGACGCGGGCGUGGUCGCCGCCGCCGUGGCGUGGCUGCGAGCGCGCGACGAGUCGCGCCCCUUCUACGCCAACGUGAGCGUCGUCGAGGCGGUCGGCCGGCCGCUGUGCGAGAUGCUCGGCGGCACCGCCGCCAGCGUGCUUGGCGCGACGCCCUUCGGCCACUUGCUCGCGGCUGGGGCUGCUGUUGACUGGGGCAGCGUGGCGCUCGCCGAGUACCUCGCCACGGUCUGGGUGGUCGACUUCCAGGUCGGCAGCCUCCUCUCUGUCCUCGACGACGAGCUCCGCCUCGGAGAUCAGACCUUCCUCCUCCUCUCGGCCGACCACGGUCCCGAGCGGCCGUGGCCCUCCGGCCCCACCGACGCCGAGCUGAACAACAUGGGCCGCACCGCGCCGGGCGCGAGCGGCGACAAGCACACCCUGCUCCUCGAGGGCACACGGGGCUGCUCUUCGACUAACUCAUUGCUGGACCCGCCCAAUGAUCAAUGA